AUGUUCUCACGUCGAGUCCUGUCGUCAGCUACUUUGACAUCGAAAAGGAAACUACAGUUAUUGUUGACGCGAGUCCAGUCGGACUAUCAGCCAUUUUGUGCCAACGAAAGCCUGGACCAAAACAUUGUCGCUUUUGCAAGUAGAUCAUUAUCACCAGUCGAGCUACGCUACUCGCAAACAGAAAAGGAGGCACUCGCCAUAGUAUGGGGGAUUGAACACUAUCAUUUAUAUCUAUUUGGUUCCAAAUUCACGUUAGUUACCGACCAUAAACCGUUGGAAAUUAUCUAUGCAAACCCUUGCUCCAAACCACCAGUGCGUAUCGAACGCUGGAUGCUGCGCUUACAACAAUACGACUUUGAAGUUGUGUAUAAAUCAGGGAUUGGAAACCCUGCCGAUUAUCUCUCACGUCAUCCAACUUCAGCUGAAUACAAGAAGCAAAAUAUAGCUGAUGAAUACGUCAAUUUCGUCACCCAAGAAGCUCCUCGUUUUCAUGGUUCGCUCACAGAUACAACAUUGCGGUGUCUACGAGCAGCUAUCAGGAGUAAUUGUUGGAACGGUGAUAUCUUACAACCAUUUCGCGCAAUAAAACAUGAGAUAUCCGUUGAUCUCACCAACAAUAUUCUGCUGAGGGGAACUAGAAUCAUAAUACCUGAGUCACUUCAAAGACACGUCAUCAAAAUCGCCCAUGAAGGACAUCAAGGUACAGCUAAAACCAAACCACUUCUUCGCGAGUACGUGUGGUUCCCUAAGCUCGAAAACUUUGUUAAUGAAGAGAUAGCCGACUGUUUAGCAUGCCAAGCUACAGGUGCGCCAAAUGCACAAGAACCACUCAAGUCACCACCUUUGCCCGAAAGACCAUGGCAAGAACUUAAAGUUGAUUUUUAUGGACCAUUGCCAACAGGACAGUAUCUGUUUGUCGUUAUUGAUACAUAUUCGAGAUUUCCAGAGGUCGAUAUUGUUCCGUCAACAUCAGCAAGUGCAAUCAUACCAAAGCUGGGUGCUAUUUUUGCACGUCAUGGUAUGCCUGAUAAAUUGAAGUCUGAUAACGGCCCACCAUUUUUCGGAAAUGAAUUUCACCGGUACAUGAAAGCAUUAGGUAUACGUCAGACAACAUAUACGCUUUUAUGGCCACAAGGAAACUCUGAAGUGGAAUCUUUCAUGAAACCCCUUGGAAAGUCGAUUUGCACCGCCAUUCUUGAAAAACGACAAUGGCAACAAGAGCUUCACAAAUUCCUUCUGAAUUACAGAAUCACACCACAUACCACAACGAAAGUUCCGCCAGCACAGUUAUUAUACAAUCGACCUGUUAAAGGAAAGCUGCCCAUGCUACCAAGAAAGCACAAGAACAUAAGCAGACAUCGUGAAGCGAGGGAGAAUGAUCAGCUAAGAAAGGAAAAUGCGAUGAACUAUGCUAAUAAACGCAGAAACACGAAAGAAUGCGAUAUUAAAGUAGGUGACCUGGUUAUCUGUAUGCAAAAGAAAACGAACAAGUUCUCAUCUAGAUUUAACGUGCAACCUUACAAAGUCGUUCGUGUUUAUGGAUCAAAGGUUGUUGCUAGACACGGAGAUCACUUCAUUUCCCGUAACUCUUCAUUCUUCAAAAAGGUCCAACAAAGACUUGACGGUAACAUUGCUAAUGGUAGGCCGCGAGCAUGGUGUAUUCGAUUUGGUCUGUGAUGCAGGCUACACCAUGCUCGCGCGCUGCUGGCAGAAUGACAAACAAAAGCCCAUCGAUGGCAGUUGACAGAAUUUGUCACUUCAGAAUGACUGUCCUAUUGUGAACGGAAAUGUGCGCGCCACGCCAAGGUAGCAAAGGUCAAGGUGACAUUUCCGCCCUUUUGCCUCCAGGCCGAGUGCUUGAGUUUAUUCCGACGGUUUGCUGGCAUGAAAAGAGAUCUUCGAAGAAUUUUCUCUACUUUUAGAAAUAAACAUGGCAGAACACAGAGCGAGAAAAUUUAAUAGUGGUUCGAUCAAAAGUUCUGGCUCACAACCCCUGCAUGAAAGUACCUGAAAGCAAGCAGAUUUCAGCGGAAAAUAGAUAGAAAGAGGAUUUGGGCAGCAGGAUAAUGUCAUUGUCAGUGAUCAGCUUUGUGGUGAUGUAUUCAAGCACACAAGACGAAGAGGACCAUGGAGAUGUUCUCAAGAUCAAACCCCCCUAUUGGAGACCAAAGCUCUGCAUCAUCUCAUUGGUUUAAUUGAUGAGAGUAUGAGGCAAAAAAUUGCGGAAGAAGGCAAACAGAUUUGAAAGAAGAAAAGAGUUCUCCAAUGAAGAGAAUGCCAUCAAAAGGGCGAAAACAAAAACAUUUGUAAAAGAGGACUACGAUGAUUGAAAGUAGGUAGAGGAUUUCAACAAAGUACGUUCACAAAAAUUAUUGUGUGUAUCCAUAACGUAGAUGGACUGAAAAUGUAUUACCAGAUAAAUUACGUUAUGUCUGAUACGAGAGUCACGAUAGAAUACUUUACUAGCUGAGUAAUCUUGAAAAAUUAUGUUUUUCUUUAAUAUCCAUUUUCUAAAUAUGCGCUAUUAAAGCAGCCAUUUCAUUUUCCACCUGAGUAUAUGAAUCUCCAUCCCCUCCACUUUUUCUAACGAAUAUAAACGGUUAUAAUAAGAACUUAAUCAAAUAGGUUUAUUCCAUAAGUUUAUUUUUAAUAGUUUCAUCUAUUAGUGUUGACUUAUCUUAACUUGGCAAUUACAGUCCAUACAUGUCAUGUCAGUCCACUCUUCUUAUCUGUAGCUGUAUAAAAUAUGAACUUAUUUUAUUGUUAGUAGCAUUAUUGGUGUCUUCACCAUUAAAUGUUCUGAUAAUUUUCAUGGAAAUGAAUUUGAUAUAUCUUCUUUGAAAUUUACCUGAUAUUUUCUCAACUUGCCGAUCUUUUUCGCGUGGUUUUAUUCAGGAAA